AUGUAUGACGAAGAAAGCAUCUCAAGUGAUAAGAAUGAUCAUCGUCCAUCGAGAAAAAAAGCGAAACCUGAAGAUAAAAAAUGGUACAAGCAAUCGUUCAACGAUGCGUGGUUAAAAGAUCCAGAAUUAGCAGAUUGGAUUUCAAAAGAUCCUGGAAAUAAAUUCACAGUGAGAUGCAAAGUGUGUGAACAUACAUUCAACGGUCCCAACAAGUCGGCUUUGAUGAAACAUAAAGCAACAAAGAAACAUACUGAUGCAUAUAAAGCCAAGCAAAAUACUUUGCAAGUGAGCAAGUUUUUUCAAAAGCAAACAGGGCCAGAUGUUGACGAAAUGAAAGCAAAAGCUGAAGUUUUGUUACCUGGUUUUCUAGCUGAGCACCGAACGCCUUUUCUUCAGGCUGAUCAUCUCAGCGAGUUAAUGAAAAAAAUGUUUCCCGACAGCAAAAUUGCUCAAAAAAUGCAGUUAAAAAGAACAAAGGCAUCAUAUGUUGUUCAAGAAGGAAUUGCACGAGAGGAGUGGAACGAAUCCACAGAUAUUUCAGUCUCCCAAAUUCUUGCUGUUGUCGUCAGAUUUUACCAUGAAAGGAAAGUGAUUGAUGCUUUAUUGACUGCCCUUGAAGUAGAAAACGGCACUGCUGAUGGAUUGUAUGCGGCUGUUAAAAACUUUUUUCAAGAACGAGCCAUACCACUAAGUAAUGUUGUUGGUUUUGCUGGCGACAAUUGUUCAACAAUGAUGGGCAAAAAUGGAGGUUUUCAGGCUCUUUUAAAAAAAGAUGUACCUGGUGUAUUUGUCUUUGGUUGCAUUUGUCACUCCUUUGCUCUCUGCGCACACUAUGCAAGUUGUCGCCUACCUUCAUGGUUGGAAGCAUUUGUGAAAGAUGUCUGCUGUUAUUUUUCCCGUAGCAGUCAGCGACAACACCAGUUCCGUCUCAUACAAGAUAUUGUUGAAGCGCCUCGUCAUAAAGUUCUCAAGCUUUCACAGACGAGGUGGCUCUCCCGAGACCAAGUUGUUGCCAGAAUUUUAGAGCAAUGGGAUGCAUUAAAACUUUUCUUUCAAUCUGAGUCUCCAUGUGAUCGUGUAGACGGGGCAGUCAAGAUCUAUGCAACCAUGACGACGAAUGGAACCAAGCAUAUUAUGGCAUUCCUAAAUUACAUAUUGUCAAAAGUGGACAGAUUAAAUGCUGAAUUUCAGGCUCAAGAUUUCAAGCUGCACACACUGUACAGUUCUAUAUCGGAUGAGUAUAGAAGCAUUUUGGCCAUGUUUAUCCACGACAAAGUCGUACGAGAAACUGUGAUUACUUUGUGA